AUGUUGCUGGCGACCUUUGUCGCAACCUGUGUUCUCUUCGUUUCCGUGGUUAUCUUUCGUGUAUAUCGCUCUCAGCGCCUUCUCCCUUCCGGGCCGAAUCCAAUUCCCCUCAUUGGUAACAUCAAGUUCCCGAUCUCUCGUUUGGACAAGUUUCAGCUAUGGGCUGAGGAAUAUCCGGAGGUCAUGACGCUUCGUGUCUGGGGCCAAAAUGUGAUCGUGCUCAACUCCUUCCGCGCUGCAAGUGAAAUUUUGGAGAAGCGUGCGGCAUCCACCAGUAUCCGACCCCAAAGGCCGAUGUGCCAUGAGCUUGUCGGCUUCAAGAACACUACAAGCCAGACCAAUGAUAUGGUUCAGCACAAGGUGUAUCGCCGCCUAUUUCUCUCCGCCCUAUCCCAACGCGCCUCUCAGAGCUUCUGGGCGAUGGAAGAGCUUGAAAUGCGAAAAGCUGCCCUGCAAAUGCUAACCACGCCUGACAAGGCGAAGAAUGCACUGAAGCGGGCUAUUUCCGCUAUUGUUUUCCAUGUUGCGUACGGUUACAACAUUGGCACUGAUGGCGAUUCAUUCGUAAAAAGAAUCGAGCACUUCAUGGGGAUAUAUCAACGCCUGUUACGACCCGCCGAGUUCCUCGUUGAUAUCAUUCCCCCUCUGAAACAUAUUCCGGAGGGUUUCCCUGGGGCCAGCUUCAAGCGGACGGCAAGAGAAUGGAAGGAGAUGAAGGAGAACAUAUACGAAGAGCCUUUCCAGCGCGUCAAGCGGGACAUGAGGGCUGGAAACGCUCUCCCUUCGUUCACUCAGCACCUUCUGGAAGAAUUUCCGGACCAAAAAACCACCACGAAGUACUCCGAGGAGCAUGUCCGACUUGCGGCCGGGAGCAUUUACACCGGUGGCAACGAUAAUAAUGCGGCAAGUGUGCAGAGCCUGUUAGCCGCCAUAGUUCUCUUUCCCCACGUACAGGCCAAAGCCCAGGCGGAGCUCGACCGAGUUGUCGGACGUGAACGCCUGCCUUGCAUAGCCGAUCUCGACAACCUUCCAUACUGCGUUGCCAUUGUCCAAGAGCUCUUCCGCUGGCACCCUGCCACUCCUUUCGCUCUUCCUCAUGCAAUGGAGAGAGAUGAAGAAUAUCUUGGUUACGUCCUUCCCAAGGGCGCUACCGUCUUUGCAAACGUCUGGGCGAUGACCCGCGACCAGACUGCAUACCCAUCGCCUGAAGAGUUCAUUCCGGAGCGAUACCUGUCAACCCAGGAAGAUGGUAGUAUCAAGCUGAAAUCCGGGCGUAGUGCUCUCGCUUUUGGCUUUGGUCGUCGGGUAUGCCCAGGAGUUAAUCUGGCCGAAGCGGUUGCUUUCGCCAGCUUGAUUUCCAUCCUCUGGUCCUCCACCGUAUCCUGGCCUCCAGGAACAGAAAACGACCCUAUCGAGUUCGAGACGCACGGUGUUCACUGGCCGAAGGAGUUCCCGAUCUCGUUCAAGGAACGGUUCCCAGACGCUAUGGAGCUCUUACGUGGUGCGAUUGAUGUCGAUAAAUAAGCGCUCGUGCUGGAGUGUUCUCACAGGCUGAAACACGGGCAAAAAAAAGCUGGUCCAGCACGUGUUCCAGACUGCACAGAGAUGGAUGGGUAGCCAGCUGCAGUGGUGGUGAUGGCCAAGUUAUAUAUUAGCGUAUGUUUCUCCCAGAUACUUGCUGGGAUACGCUGGAAUAGCCAAUUAUGGAUAUAUUAGUU